AUGUCGCUAGCACCGAGCGACUAUAAGCACACCCACGACGCCCAACUAACACUCGGGGUGUCCAAUGCAGUCCGCGAUGCAAAAUCCGAUAUCGUUACCUUCAGCCUCGACUUAAUCAAGCCUGCCAGGUCCAAUCAGGUACUCACAGAUGAUGCCAGGGAUCUGAUGGAUCAACUCAGGACUAGCGCUUCCUACAGAGUAGUCACAGACGUUGGGGACGGCGAGGAAGGAUUUCACUCCAUCGAGCCUACAGACAGGCAACAGAUCAAAAAUUGGAAAUCAGCCAAAUUUACCAACGUCUAUGGAAAUGCGGACUUCAUGAGUCAGCUUGUUCACUUGACAAGAUCGAUGCGACCUGACGGGGGCAUACCCCAGGUCAUCACAACGAACAUCUUCGGUGCUUCAGACGGCGUCAUGAGAGACACUAUUCUGGAUGAUUGGGGCAAUUUGAGUGCCACCUCAGGGACAGGAUCCAGACCUGUAUUCACUCCAAUGAGUAAUACGGUGGCGCCAAGCAUCCGAAGCUUCGAGGACGAUCUCAGCUCAGGUACAUUGACACCCCCUUCAACCCCCUUCGGUGAUAGAGAACCUCCAAAAACCGGACAUGCUAAUCUCCGGCUCACUUUUACUCCAAUCCAAUACUCGGGAGACAAAGAUACAGUGUACAGGGUUGACUCGAUCGAAGAAGCUGAGCAGCUUUCGGUAAGGUACAAUCAAAAACGCAGCGCCACCUUGCUCAAGCAGGUGUUAACCGGUAAGACCGUUGAUGUAGUGGCCGAGUAUUCAGCAGACAAGGGAACCAGGACGGGUAAAUCUGCACUGCAGGUUCUGAAUCUGGAAGAUACUGACUUGGAUAAUGAGUCCUACAAUCACACUGUUGAUCACCGAGCCCAGACUGCCUGGAGAGGGCUGAAGUCCCCUAAACAAGAUUCGAUUACCAUGGAGAUCAGCUUCGAAGAACGAUGCAAUGACAAGGAUAAUUACACGGCGGGGACUUUGUAUAAUCCUGCCUUGGGAUUCUAUAGAAGGUGA